UGUGUGUAUGUGUAUGUGUAUGUGUGUAAGAAGUGAAUCCUGUAAAGUGCAACUCUCUCUCUUUUUUGUACGAAAGUAGGGCUUGGGUAGUGCUAACUUUACAGUAUCACAAUAACAAUUCUGACGUUCGUCUCCCACAAAUUUCUUUCCCAAAGUCACAGAACUUUUCACAUUCUUCUCCUCGUCAACUUCCCCUGUCACUUUAUUGGUAACAAACCGCCGUUGCCGACACCUAUUUCACCGGAGUGUUAUCAUUAACUGGUGUCGACAUUUCACACACACACACACACACGUAUUGUCAAAAGUUAUUUAUAAAAGUCGUUUCUUUAAUAUAUUUCUAACUCCAGCUUUGGUGGUUCCUACAUUGCACUAAUAUCUCUCACACUUUAUCUUUCCCCACUCGCCACUCUCUCUUUCUAUUUCUAUUAACCAUUUAUAAAAGGUUAAUUCUCUGAUACUUUAAUGGGUUUUUUCUUGAGAUGGACAAGUUCGAAGAAGACGUGUAUCCCAGCAGUUCUACUAAUUUAGAACAGUUCCUAAAUGACCCUUUACUCUUGGAACCGGCAAACCCCAAUCUACCUGUCACGUCGAGCACAACAAUUGCCAACUUUUCUACUCUUUAUAAUGAUGCUGAUCUAAACGGUUCCGCUGCUCAUACCGAGUCUGACUUAGAUGCUUUGGAAUGUGCCCGAAAUGAAUCCCAACAACUCAGUGUAGUGAACAAUUUACCUGACCUUUUGAAAUCUGGUAGUACAGAAUGUCUAGAAAAAGUGGUGCCUCGAAUACAAGAGGUUUUGAAUUAUGCCCAAGCAGACAUACAACGGGCUGCAUCAACAGCAUUUCUCCAAAUAUUACAGAAAGAACAGGUUGCAGUACAGAACUAUGCACAAACGUUUUUACAAACCAUUCUUACUAGUAUUGACAACAAAAAUCCAGAUAUCUCAAGUGCAUGGCUUGGAACCUUACUUGAUGUUAUUGAUCUAUUACCAAAAACAGUUAUCCAAAAAGAAAUUUUAACAGCUGCUGUAGCAAAGGGUCAGUUAUCCCAAUCAGUACAAGCCAGGCUGUCAUGUUGUCAAAUAUUAGGAAAAAUAGCCACUAAGUUUGACCCGUUUGUAAUUAAAAAAGAAAUAUUGCCAAUUGUCCAGUCAUUGUGUCAAGAUGUUGACUAUGAAGUCCGUGGUUGUAUGUGUAAGCAACUCAAUCCUGUUGCAAGGGGUUUGGGUCUUGAAGCAACAAAGAGUGCUAUUCUUCCUGAACUGGUUGAGUUAACUAACGAUGAAGAAGUGUAUGUCCGUAUGAUGGGUCUUGAAACUGUUGUGAAUAUUUUAAGUCUUUUGGAUGACGAUACAUGUUCAAACACAAUCAUUCCUUUAGUUAUUAGGUUCUAUGAACAAUGUCUAUAUUCAAAGGAUCACACAUUACCCAUAAUUGCAAAGCAUAUUGGUCGUCUAUGUCAUGGUCUUUCCGCAAAUUUAAACGAAAAACAAAAAGAUUGGUUUUUGGAUUGUUACAAAAAACUGUGUGAAGUUGGUUAUUCAGAUAAAAAUAGUAAUUCUUCUGAAUAUGGGGCUAUUUCUUUGUUUGUUGGGGCCAAAGAUUUUGAAUCGGAACUAUUAGAAACAUUUUCAAUGAUGUGUAAGGAUUCUUUACCUGCAGUCCGAAAAAAUAUAGCACAUGGUUUUCAUGAGGUGGUCAAACUUUUAGAUUUUCAGUCAGGGAUUGUACUGAAAAACCUUGCAGAUCUUCUAAGAGACAAUAAUCUAGAGGUCCUCAGUGGAGUUACAUCUCAUCUUGCAGAAAUUUUUGAAGUUCUAGGUAAACAUAAACAUUCAGAAAAUCAAGUAGCAGAAAUCAUUCCAGCCAUCAUGGCAGCAGAAUCUGUGAUAUUCUCCUCUUAUUCUUGGCGACUACAAGAAGAGUUUGUACUUACUCUGUCUAGUCUUCCAAAGUGGUUUAAUUCAGAAACUAUUUAUGUAAAAAUUAUGCCGGUGAUCUACACUAAACUGAAAAAAGCUAGGGCAUUACCUGUAAAAUUAGCAGUGGCACGCACAUUUUUGACACUCCUGCGUACUCUAAAAAAGGCUGAAUAUAGAGAACAACUUAUUAACAAGUUAACAGAGGAAUUGUCCGUGGGUAACUGCUAUUUUCGAAGUCUUUUUCUUGAUGUUUGCAGCAUCAGUUUAGAUAUAUAUUCUAAAUCAUUUUUCAAAGAGAAGCUCUUUGAUAAUGCCCUUAGUCUAUAUUGUGAUCCAGUUCCAAAUAUUCGCUUAAAACUCUGUAGAUUCAUUCCGUGCAUGAAACAAACACUAAAUUUACCCGAAGAUGAUGCCCGCUUAUCUGAUCUCUGUAAUGUUGUCAGCAAAAUACUCAGAUCUGACAAAGACCCAGAUGUACUCAGUUUUGCCAAACAGGCACUCUGGGAUCUAGAACAAAUUGUUGUGCCUGUUCAUUUGCUUGGAUCAAAAACUCAGGAGAAAUUACAGACAGCCGAAGAUUUGAUAGAUUUGCAUCGAGAGGCUGAAGAAAUAAGUUUGCUAAAUGAUGAAAAAAAUGAAGAGAAAUCAAAAGUAAAGAAAGAUGUACCAUUUUCUAAAAUUCCUUCUCCAAGAAAAGUCUCAGCUCAGAAAUCCACUUCUGAGAAACGAGCAAGUCCAACUCCAUUAAAAGAAUGUAAAAAAUCUUUAAGUAAUUGCUCAUCCAGUUUAACACCAGUGUCUUCACCAAAGGUUAAAACCAAAGGUUCUUCGAUACCAAACUGUCGUCUAGUUAAAUCCCGAUCCACAUCUUCAAUAUGUUCUGCUUCACAAAUUCCUAAACGAGAUUCAAAGCUUGUGGACUCUACUGGCAAAAGAGACACAAAAAUACCUGUGAUAGGUACAUCUUCUCUUCCUACACCAAAAGAUGGUAAAUCAGCUGAAACUCGUUUAUGUAACAACACGCGUAUUCCUCGAGUAUCCACGCCAGUUCGACCACCCUCACCUACCACUGUAUCACAUAUUCCCACUUCAGCUGGAGUUCAAAAACAAGCAAAAUCAGGAAUUAAACCAACUAGUUCCAAUAAUAUUCGCAAGAACAACAGCACAACCACCACCACCACUACCACCACCACAGCUGCUUCUACGGCAACCACCAAUUCUACAACAACAACAGCAACAGCAACAAUAACAACAACAACAACAACAGAUAAUUCAUCAGAUCAUGGGUUGGUUAACCGAACAGGAUAUCUAAGCAAAAGUCUAGAAAGGCCAAAGAGUUCUGUCACAAAAUGACCUCCAAUGUCCUAAUUGUAUCAGCUUUGCUGUAGAUUUGUUAGCUUUAAACUCUGCAAGAGAUUCCAUCCAGUAGGAUGCUGCUCCCUUAUGAGACUAUUGAACUGUACCAUUUUCUAGGGUACUUACAGCUGAUGCCUUAAAUCUGCUAUAAAGUUUGUACUGCUAAAAUUUUGACCACUUUUGUUCUAUCCCAGUGACAUAGGAUCAUGUGGUCUAAGAAUAUAUUUUGUUGGACUUGAAAAUAGAUUUACAGAGAUAUUUUCUUAAUGUGGUUGGAGUUUUUUUGUUUUUAUUCUUUUCCUGUUUAUUAUUUUUUUUUGUCUCAAGAAAACGCCAAAAUUUAUUAUGAGUUGAAUUAUUAAUUAUUAUUAAUUAUAUUUUCAAGAACUUAAUAUAAUUGUUUCAAUUGAAAUGCAAGAAUACUGUCCCUUUUUUUGUGAUAACAUUUUAUUUAUUUGAACAAAGUGUUUUGUAUUGAAUUUUGGAAUAACUUACUGAAUUCUUCCCUGUUCAAGGUUUGUUUGUGAUAAAGAAUAAAAAAGAGAGAAAAAAAUUUCAAAAAUGAAAAUCCAAAAACAAAAAACCCUGCCAUGUUUUAUAAAAAUGUUUGAUUUGAGUUUUGACUCUAACAAAUUUAAAUUUGUUAGAUAAUGAAACAAAACUUAAUUUUUUAGUCUACAGCCAAAAGUGAGGUACUUUGGUGCACUGUGAGGGGAAGAAAUAUCAUGAGAGACAGAGAGAAUAUGAUAUUUCAUCAUAGGUUACCGAUAGUACAUCUCAUUUUAUGCCUUGUCAAUUAGCUGACACUUGCCGCAGAUGCAGACUACCUCAAAGCCCUUUGUAUUCCAACACUAUCUUUAGUCUAUAUAACACCUUAAAUAUAAUAAUAAUUAUUAUUAUUGCAGAACAACCCUUAAACAGCUUCAUUUUUUUUCAACCCCCAAUUUUUUUUUUUAAACUCAGGAAUAAUCUUAAUUUAAAAUAAAGUCAUAAAAGCUUAUAGUUGCCAAAUAUUUAUAUCUUUGUGAAAAAGGGAAGAGAGGAGUUCAUUUUGAAUAAUUAGAGAAAAAUAUACAAAAAAAAUGUAAAAACAACAAUAAAACCAUUUUGAAAGAAUAAAAUAAUUUCAGGAAAAUCAUAUAGGGGGAAAUGUUUCGCAUAGUGUGUGUGUGUGUGUGUGUGUAUGUGCGUGAUUACCUACAUUAAUUGUGGAGUGCUUAAAUUUUCCUGCCAUAGCAAACUAAAUAAGAUUUUAAAUAUUGAAUGUGUAUGUAAUAAAAUAUUGAACUUACUCAAAAAUUCCAUACAAAAAAAACUGUUGGAUUUUUACAUGAUUAAAGAGAUUUUUCGCAAAUCAGUGAGCAGAUCUUAAUCUCUAACUUGUGAAAAAUCGAUGUUUUUUAAAAGAAUUUUCUGGCAUAUUUUUAAAGGACUUCUGGAAUAUUUUUUAAAAUAUAAGGACACAGAUCGUGUCGUAUAGCCAGCUGGAGAUGAUGUCUCCUGGGGCUAAAUUACAGCAACAUUAGUCCUAAACCAGGACUGCCAUGUUAUGUUGGCAAACAAUCUUUUCUACAAAGUACUGUUGCUGAAUAUCUCUUGUUAUGAGAUUUAAAAAUAGUAAUUUUCUACUUUCUGGAAUGUCAAAUAUUUUGCUAUAUAUAGAUUUGAUGUUAUAUAUCUUUGAUUUAUGAUCUGGCAUAAAACUGGGCUCUAAAGUCACCUCUGUCUAUAUUCUUUUCUAUUCUAGGCACAAGGCCCGAAAUUUUUUUUUUGGGGGGGGGGGCAGUCGAUUAGAUUGACUCCAGUACACGACUGGUACUUAAUUUAUCAACCCCGAAAGGAUGAAAAAUAAAGUUGACCUUGGUGGAAUUUGAACUCAGAACGUAAAGACGGAUGAAAUACCGCUAAGCAUUUCGCCCAGCGUGCUAACGUUUCUGCCAGCUCAACACCUUCACCUGUGUCUAUUUCAUCAAGUCACAACUGAUAAUAUAUAUAUAUAUAUAUAUAUUCUACUUUAUGUAUUGAGUUCCACUUCUCCCAUUUAUUAGAUGUAUGUUCCACUUUGAUAUAGAAACAGGCCUGUAUAUAUAGUUUAUUGUUUCAUGUAAAGAAGGAUAUCUUGUGAAAAAUGUUUUGUUUUUCCUUCAAAUCAUCAUCAUAAGUUAAUCAUUCAAAUUGUAUUAUUUAUACAUUUAUUAUUUUGUAGUUGUUCUAUAGCUAUGGACAGCCUGUAUAGAAAGAAAGAAAUAGAAACUAUGUGUGAUUAUCUCAUUGCCUUUCUGAGUUAGAGGUAAAAAUAAUUAUUAAUGUAAACAAUACAUUUUCUUUAGUUUCAGCUUUGUUUUAUAUGCAUAUGAUAUCCUAUUAGUAAAAGUGGUAGCUUUGAGUCAAAAUAUGCAUUAUUAAUUAUAAAAUAAAUUAUUAAAACUAUUUUGUGUCAUUUUAGAAAAUUAGCAUUGGUUGACGACUAAUAUCCAUUUACAGCUUUAUGCCUGUAAUUAUGCAGUAGGCACUAGUAAAUCAUGCGGUAGGCACCAGUUUGGGGUUAUUUUUUUCUUUCAUCAAAAAUUAUUUCAUUUCAUAAAUAUUUCAGCUUAAAAUCUAAUUUGAAUUGGUAACCUCCACUCCUCAAUUAAAAAAAAAGAGAAGUAUAUA